UUUAUCAUUGAGUUUGAAAAUAAUUCAAAAAGCAGAUGGGUCUCUCUUAAAGGGAUUUAAAAUUGAAUUUGGGAUACAAUACCCAAAUAAAUAUAUUCCUUCCUUCGUCUUCUUCUUUUACAUUUCUCUGAUACAACGGUCAUUUCUAUAGAAUGCUGAUAGUGAAACCCUACAUCUGCAGAACCCAGGGUUCCUUCUCAAUUUCAGAUCACCCUCAUCCAUUUUCAAUUUCCUCAAUCCGCUUCAAUUCUCACAUUCUCAAUCCUAUUUCGUUUCGCUUUUCACAAUUCCACCCAUCUCUCACAAUCGCAUGCGUUAAAAGGCGUGAUUGGUCUCAAGCAUCCAAUCGAACAAUUCUUCAACUGGCUUCUGCAGUCGCGUUCAAUCUCAAGAUCUUACCUGAGCCUUUCAAUUCCAUUGCAGGCGAAAUCGCACGCAGCGAUAUCAAUACUCUGAGUCGCCUUGUAGGUGGCGGUAGAAGGAGAAUGACUGGAAAAUGGAGGGCGAGAAAGAAGGAGUCGGGAUUUCAUUGAUUCAGUUGUGCUUAGGAAAGAAAGCGGUGAAAGAAUGGUUUUUAGGGUUUUUAUUUGGAAUGGUUUUGAUUUUGAGUUCAAAAUUGAGGAAAGAGGACAUGAAAUUUUGGAUUCACAAACUCUCCUCUCUUCCUGUUAGUGUAAUUGCAACCAGAAAGAGAAGUAGAAACAGAUAUUGGGGAAUAUUCAAAUGAGUGAAUAGUUGCAUCAAUGUAAAAAAUUAUUCGACUGUGAAAAUAAGGGAAUUAUUUGUUCAUUUAUCA